AUGAGCAAGCCUACAUUCUACGCCAUCGUCGUCGGCGUCGGUUCCGGCACCGGCGCCUCGGUCGCGCGGCUCUUUGCCAAGGGCUAUCCCAUCGCGCUGCUCGCGCGCAAGGAGUCGAGCUACGCGCCCGUUGUAGAAGCCAUCACCAAGGCGGGCGGCACCGCCAUCGGCAUCGCCACUGACGUGUCCGACGCCGCCGCCGUCGACGCCGCCUUUGCCCGCAUCGCCAAGGAGUGGCCCGAGGGCAAGCUCGCCGCCGCCGUGUAUAAUGCCGAGGCCGGCUUUUCCUACAAGCCCUUUCUGGAGCUAACCUCUGAGGACAUUGACCGCAGUCUCAGCACCGGCGCAAAGGGACUAUUCUAUUUUGCGCAAAAGACGAUCCCGCAGCUGCUCGACGUCGUCGCCGCCGGCCCUGCGCACCCGCCGACACUCAUCGUCACGGGCGCCACGGCCGCGCUCCGCGGGUCCGUCCGGUUCGCAGCCUUUGCGGCGGGCAAGUUUGCGCAGCGCGCCAUUACGCAGUCCCUCGCGCGCGAGUUUGGCCCCCGCGGCGUGCACGUCGCCUACGCCAUCAUUGACGGCGGCAUCGACACGCCCUGGGGCAAGGACCGCGUCGUCAACGGCGGCGUGGCCGACGGCAAGAUUAGCCCGGAUGCUAUUGCCGAGAGUUACUGGUAUUUGCACACACAGCCUAGAUCGGCAUUUACACAGGAGAUUGAGCUGCGUCCAUUUGUGGAAAAGUUCUGA